CUUUUACUUACGCGUGAAUACGGCCUCUCCCAAGUUUAGGAGCCAAAUAUAGUUAUGUCUUCGACCUAUAGUAUCCCUACUUGGAUACAAGAAAAUCAGGCUCUUCACGACGCUAUUUGCCAAGCAAGAGCCUCAAAAACCUCUGCAGAGGCACUCAACCAGUUACUUCAAGUCAAUAAAGAAAAGUUUCUGAACUUGCUUGAUGACAUACCAAAAGACUCUACUCACAGAAGCACACUCAACAACAACAAGGCAUAUAUCAAUCGAACUUCACGUACUGUCAGCAAAGAAUUCACCACUAAAGCAUUAUUUUUAUCUGACCAACUCAAUAUCAAUGAAUAUGUUGCAGCUACUUUAUUAAUGCGUGGAACAACCGAAUCUGGCCGACUAAAUAGCAACGCCAUUGAUGCUGCUGUACUUCUUUAUCAUGAAGAGCGAGGAUAUAUUUUGGCCUGUUUAGACGCGAUAUUAAAAUCAGCCAAAGACGCGUCCGUAGAUGACGAAACGCGAUUUGUCUGCAGCCAAUUCAUUUCAGAACUUUUAAAAGAAACAAUCCAUGGCCACACCUAUAUUAACAAAUUGAUAAGCACACUUGAGAAUAUUACGCAAUCUAUACAUGCAAUUAGAGACACAGGCACUGUUGCUGGUCAAAUACCCGCAGCUGGAAGUGGCAAGCUAGGAGAAGACAUCUCUGAAUUACGCAUGGAAAGAUUAAGUGAUGAACGCAUCUUGAUUGUUCAGAUUAUUUACCAUACUGCAUCACUUUUUGACUUUGAUACCAAGGACAAAUUGAAAAUGCUCGAAUUACUUGAAGAUGCAGAAUUGACAGAUCAAGCAACUUCCUAUAUGAUUAUUGCCAUGAUCUCUGUUUUAUCACACAAUACAAUUGAAGAAGAACCAAGUUCAGAAACGUUGGAUUUUAUCGAUCAGUUCCACAGCCGUAUCAUGACACAUGGCUCAAAGGUACCUGUGGUUAAAGCUGUAGUUGUGCUUCAAUGGAUCUUGUAUUUAUCCAGCCCUAUCAGAGCAAGCAAAGUUAUUGGCUCACAAUUCAACUUGAGAAGCGAAAAAGAAAUACAGGACUUGUUGGAUAAAGUCAUUAUACAAGACGUAUUUCGCUUUAUGAGCACCUAUUUGCUUUAUUUUCAACAACCCAAUGCCAAUAUUGAUACAGACCGCCAGACAAUCAAGCCCAGCACGGACGGAAAUACGUCUAAAGCAGUUGACAAGACGGAUUAUCGAAAUAUCAAUGCAGACAUUCGUAGUGAUUUCCAGCCUUUUGCUGUUUAUGAAUUACAGCAAUUAGGACUUUCAUUUAUCAAUAUAUUGUUUGAAAGAUUGCAAAAGCUCAAAUACAAAGAAGAAGACACCAAUACACCUUUGACAGACAGCAUCCUUUCUAGCAGCUCAGAAAGUCAAUGCCAUGAUCUUCAGUACUUUUUAGAAUUUAUGGCCAGUGUCUUUCGUAAUCGAGUCAACCAAGGUGCUGUUUUCUGGAAUCGUACUCAAGAUGGAUUACACCACUUUGUUCGUUGGUUGCUUGAUAUCAAGGUAGUCAAUACAGUCUGUGCAGCUUUUGAUUUCUUUGGAUCCAUUACGACAGGCGAUGCUUGUGCUUCCAACAUGUUCCACUUUUUCAAAUUGGGCACAGAAAGUAAUUUGGCCUCAAGUACUUUAUUUUCUUGGGGAAAACCUCUUGCUUCAUUGGAGUUCUAUGCUGAUCUUUUAAAGAAUACAUCUGAAGAAUCCCAUGCUGUUAUUCCAGUCGAAGAAGAAAAGCUGCUUCUCAAGUUCUUAGACAUCCUUAAACAAUGUGUACAAUAUUCACAAGAAGCACGUCGUUCUUUUUGGACCGAUGGAUCUUUGCGUUGUCAAGAAAUUCUGGUCAAAAUCCUCAACUGUCCAACUUCCACAAACCUUCGUGCUGCUUUAUUUGAUGUCUUGGCUGCAUUUUGUUCUCAUUGGGGUGGAGGUGUAAGCGGAGAAGGUAGAGAAAUAUCACUCCAAGUAUGGAAGAUAUUAGAAGGCAGUGAUAUGUUGAUGUCUAGAAGCAAGACCAUCCAAGACCGCUCUGUCUAUCAACCAGCUGGUAUUUUACAAGAAUUAGAAUUCGAGAAAAAGAGCCGUGUGUUUACCGAAACAUUGUCUGUGGUUCGAUUGAUUGCGUCUGCUAUUCAUACACAAAGUCUGCGUGAAGCCAUGAUUUCUGGAUUCCCUUACAAACCACCCAGUAUUCCCUCUGAACUUGGUAAAGGCACCAAAACACCUGGUUCUAUUCCUUACAUUGCCUUGGUUGUUGACAACAUUUUCUUAUCACUUCGCGAACAAAAAUAUGCAUUUGCCGAAGCACGUUGGGAAUUGACUGAAGCAUGUUUAUCCGUUCUGGAAAACAGUGCUAAAAGCUUCGAUGUCUCUGUCUUUGAAAACGAACAGACCAGAAUGUCUUUGGAUAAUGAACUCAAGGCUCUAGUACCUAAUCCUGUUGUUGAAUCUACCUUGUUGCAAACACUGGUUCAUCCUGGCUUCCAAAUCAUGAUACGCGUACUUGCCGGUGGACGUGUGAUUGACGAGAUGUUUCAGAUCAUUGAUGAGUGCGCACAGAAAGAAACAAAAGAUACAUGCGGUACGCCUUACCAUAGACAAUGCCUUAUCCGUGCAUUACGCAUUUUGGACUGUAUCUUAUCCAAACAAAACACAUUUAUGAACAUCAUUAUUCCGUAUAUCUCUAGUUUCUCUAAGAAGAAGACCUCCUCUGAAUUCCAAGUAGCUGGGUACACUUUUACUGGCCUGCCUUCUCUUGUUUCACUUGGUCAAUUGUUCUUGUUUAAAAAUAACAUGUUAGCCCGCAUUGCUAUGUUGGUUAACUUUGAAGAUCAAGAAGAAGUAUGUUAUUAUGCUGUUAGGAUUCUCGACAAACUCGCAAAUGGUUGCAACGAAGCAGAACCCUCAAAAGACCAAGCACCCACUCACACAGCUUAUUCUGCUUUGUAUUCUAACUUGAGUUCGAGUAUCACUUCUGUCUUGAGCUCAAGUGAAUCAGCAGAACGAAUUGUAUUUGGAUUCAGUGAAAGACUGGCACUUAAUGUUGCAGAAAAUGUCACUUGCGAUGACUUUGAAUACGAUAUCAAUAACAUUCCAUUUUGGUGUGCAGUAGAUAUACUCAGUAAUGCUUAUGAUUACCCUGUAGAAUUUAAGACACGUACAAGUUCUUCUGUGCGUCUUGUGAUCAUGGAUUUGUUGCUCAAAAACAUUCAGCUCAAGAGCUUUGAUUCCUUGGCUGAAUUCUUGCUAGGCUAUGAUCCAUCCAAGAUGUCUGCUCUUGACAAGAUCCAAGAUACAGAAGAUAAUCAACCAAGAUUGGCAUGCUUUCAUGCGAUUCUUAAUAUGCUUCGACAAGGAAUCGACUCAGAGGAUGCUAUGAUGGAAGAUACUGCUGACCCAACAAAACUCAUAAUUGAUUCUCACCCUAUCUUGGCCGAAAAAUGCUAUGAACUCAUCUAUCGUUUAUGUGCUAAAAAAUUGACAUCCACAUCCACCCUUCGCUACCUGCGCAACCGUGAAAACUUCUUUUACAACCAAUUCAACGCCAUGUUACCUCGUAUUGAAGACAACAUGGCAGUAGAAUCCAAAACUCCUUUUACUGGUGUCCUUGUGUCUGCAGACGGUACAGAAACCAAGACUGAUUUUUUCCGUUUACGUUCCAAACUUCACCAAAGAGCCUGGUUACUUGAUUCCAUGGUGCUCGAGUUCAAGACAACGAUGCAUAUGGGGCAAAAGAAAGAAGCCACCAAGCUGUUGGAAUUGCUCUAUGGUCGCAAAAAUAUAGUGUCUCUUUAUGAUGAUAAUGAUGAUGAUACCAGCAUGUCAGAACCUCAAGAAUCAGGCUUGUUUUCGCUUCAGACUGUUUCUUACCAACAACCUUUGACCAAGAUACUUGAACUUAUCAGCUCGCUUGAUUUUGUAUGGGUUGAUAGUCUUUUGGAAAAUGUCAAACAACCACUUGAAGCCAAGUACUUUACAGAACUCAAUCCUCGUCAGUUUGAGAUCGAAAACGAACGCGGCUGUUUUGUGUACGAUAUCCGUUAUUUCUACAAGCAAUUAAGACACUAUCAGCAUACUCGGUAUCCUGAAAACCCUGAAGUCGAAAGAGAAUUGUCUGAUAUCUUGUCACAUGCUGUUGCCAGCAACCAUCAGCGCGAAAUUGCUCAUGCCAAGCUACACUGUCUUAAGGCCUGGAAAGAUCUGGUGCAUAUCAGCAUCAUUGAAUGCUUUGAUCUGUUAGGCGAUGUGAACCGAGAGACCAUUAUUCAUGAAAUCCUCAGUAUGUUAUUACCCAAGUUUGCACAGACCAAGGGCUAUGAUGGUAAUAUGCUUAAGAGCAUGAGCGAAAUUGUCCUGAACCUGGUGGAUAAAUUAAGAGUAAGCAUGUCUGUUAAGCGCACAUCCCAUCUGCCUGUCGAGAGAUUACGGCUCAUCUUUCAAGCUAUUGUGGAUUGCAUUCGUCAAGAAAACACAACCAUUUUGAUUCGUGGCGACAUGUAUUCUGCAUUGACUAGUUUCUUGAUCUAUAUUAUACAGCAUGAGAGAGACGCUACCUCAAAGCAACUGGAGCAACAUAUCUUGGACACCAUCUUGGCUGAUAAUGCCCACUUGAUCAAUACCCUUCGUAGCGAUGCUUUUCAUGGUUUGGAUAUCUGGAAGACAACUGCCUACAUUGCGCUGGAUGCUUUAAACAGAUUAGCACUUCUCGCUGGAAGCCAAGCUGUGCAACUACAGUUGGUCGAACAUAACUUUUUACAAGCUACGAUCAGUAUGAUUCGUACAGAUGAUGCAGCACUCUCUAAUUUGCUUGGACAAAUCAGUGCACCAUUACUCCCUCUUUAUAUCUUUGAAGCCAAGAUGUCUCUUCUCCUUCGCAUUGCCAGAGAUACAAAAGGUGCUGAACUUUUGUAUGAUCACCGCAUCCUUGAGGUACUAAGUGAAUGUCAGUAUUUGAAGGUCCAACAAGAUUAUACCGCAACAGAAGCCAUGAAUGAAGCAACAGCUGAAUUAAACGAUAGACGCCAACGAUUAGUGAUGCCCACACUUUCAUUGAUAGUGACACUUCUCUGUACAUUUCAAGGAAGAAACGAUGCUGUCUUAUUAAAGACGGAAAGUUGGGUUAGAAAUCAACAGCCAGCUCUUGUAAAUAUCCUUCAAUACGAACGACACCAAGUAACAUUGGAUAGUUUAAAACAAAUCAACAUGAUAGCUCAUAUUAUGGUUUCUUUAAGUUGUCGUCGAGGCUAUACAGAUCGAUUCCAACUCAAAGGAUUCAACCAGCUACAUAAUACAUUUAUAAAACUUAAUAUCAGCAAAGAAUUAGCUACUCGAGUGGCACCUAUGAAUGAAGAACAACUUCAAUGGAACACGACAAUUGCUGCAGGUGGCCAAACCCUGUUAAAAAACAAAGCACUACAAUGCAUUGAUAAGAUCCAUAUGAAACUGGAAGCGUAUCGUAGAUUAAAGUAUACAUUCCCUUGAAAUAAAGACCUUCUUCUUUCGAAUGCAAUGAUAUUCAAAACUUUUUGUUUUAAUAAAGUGGUAAAAAGUGACGAGUGAUUGAGAGUGUUAUUUAAGCAGAAGCAGACUUUUGCAUAGAAGAAGUACGACGACGUUCAAUCUUUUCUUGCUUGGAUUCCUUGACACGUUUAGCAAGCAAUUGCUUGUAUUCAGCUUCAGCUUCACGAGAAGCUUCGGCUCUUCUACGCUUAAGAGCUUGUCUGUGUCUCUUGCGUUGAAGGGUAAGAGGAGUAACAAGACGUUGGAUCUUGGGGGCCUUGGUGUAAGCCUUCUUACCUUCAGCCUUGGGUUGAACUUCACGACGGAUAACGUACUUGCGGACAUCAUCUUCCUUGCUCAAGUU